AUGUCUGCUACCACAGCCCAAGUUUACGGGAAACUCGUGCCAGGUCAGUUGCUACAACUCACUGGCAACAGCAAGCCCACUAUCGUCACCCCGCUCUGCAAUGAGGCCGGCCUUAACUUGCUCAUUCGCACAUACAAGGGUGAGGGAUACCUGCCGUACUUCACGCACGCCGCAAAGGCCGCUAGGGCAACUCUUGUCGAUGAGCUCCGUGACGCCGGCGUUGAAGUGCCAGAGGGCGCGGAGGCGUCUCACCUGGAAGAUGUAUGCGGCGUGCGCUGCCAUGAUGAGGCCAGCUGCCGCCAUGUAAUACAUGAAGACAUCACAGAAACCGUGUACGAGGAGGAUAAGAAUGAUGCACGCGUCAUUGUCGCCUGCGACCCUAUCCAGACAAAGCUGCGUGAUGACUGCAUGGAGUGCUUCCCUCGCCUUGACAAGGUGAGAAAGCAAGAGGAACUCGUGGUGCGCGUACACCUCUUUUACCCGAGCUCCAUGCCAUGCAUGAGCAUCCAGGAUAGGCGCGCGCGUCUCGUCACACAUAAACACUUUGUGCGAAAAAAUGCGCGCACGUCACAGGGCUACCACACCUUCCACUACGCCAAGCGCGACAACUACUCGGCGCCUACGCCGGACUACGAGUCCAUGUUCCCCUACACAACCAAGGCCGAGGAGAGCAGUGGCUUCACGAUGGGGUGCAAGUGCAUCGCCAUCACGGUAGAGACGGUCUUCGUGCGCGACCCGGCGCGCCAGCAGCGCCCGCUCUACGCCGAGGACGCAGAGCAGGCGCGCGUGUACUUCUCCUACGUGCGCCCCAGCGCCUUCGUCACGGAUGAUGAGCUGACGGAUCACUUCCCGCUCGAGUCGCUGGACGCAGCCACCAUGCCGGCCUUCGCGGAUGACCGCGAGGUGGAGAAGUACAAUGUGCUGGUGCGGCUGUACCUGCUGGCGCACGACCAGGAAUGGACAACGACAAGAUCGUACGGCUGCCCGCACCCGCUCGGCGGCCCCGUGGACCUGCCAGUGCUGUAUCACUCAAGCGCGACGGAGGUGGUCGUGCCAGACCGGCACAGUCGCAACUCGCCGGUACUGCUACAGCAAUGUCUACUCCCGGAUGUGGAGUCACAGAUCACGCGCUUUUGUUUCCGUCGUGUCGUGAGCGAGGUACUACGGCAGCGCGUUCUGGCAGCAGCGGCAGACACCCCCGAGCGCUACGUCGCCAUCGUCUGCUACAUGCCGCACGGUGACCGCGUACCCGUCUUCACGGACGAGCAGGUCAGAGUGAUGGCGCGUCUGUACCCGCACCUCGGCAUCCGCAGUCCUGCCAACCGCCGCGAGUGGGCAUGCCUUAGCCGCACGCUUUAUCAGCACGGCAUCUCACUCUUCGACAUUCUCGCAGCGGUCGGCUGCCCGCUGCGCGACGCGCAGGGCGCCGUUAUCGACACCGGCGCCUACGUUCCCUACACGGCGGACAUGGCCGAUGACUACUUCCUCGUGAUCGCCAACCGCCCGCUGCGCGACUACAUUUGCUUCACAAACCAGCGCUGGGUGCACGAGCAGCUGCGGUUUCCCGAUCACCGCCCACCCAUCGGCGCGCGAGCCUUCGCUGCCUGGGUGCGUUACUGGAACACAAUGGCGCAGCUGAAGCAGGAACUGGAAGAGCAGGCGAGCGUAGACACAGUGAGUGCGCACCUGGGCCUGGGGCUACCGGGGAGCACCAUGGUGCAGCGCGCAGCGUGUCUGGUGAACGGCCGCGUGACGGAUGCCGAGGGCGGCUUGAUCUUCCCAGAGUUGGGUGGGCGGCGCUUCCGCGAUAGGGUAUACGCCAGUGCACUGCUGCCCGGUACGCCGAUGCUGUACACUUUUUGGAUCGAUCGAAAACUGUGCUUUUCGUGUGUGCGCGCGCCGAUUCGCUUUAUUCGAGGGCUGCCGUCAGACGAGACGGUUCGGGAGCUGCCGGAGAAGAAUGUGAUACAGGUCGUUGGCGUCCCUCCUAGUCGUGGUGGCGGCGCACAGUGGGGUGGACGUGGCGAUAGACAAGGAGCUAGUGUGGCGAUCCAUGCUGGGUCAAUGGGAGUCCCGAGAGCAAGACACAUGAAACCGCUCUUUUCGCUCCCAACGAGGGGAAUCCACGCCCACGGAGACCCGAUGGCCUCAGUGCAUGGCUUCGGCAGCGGCGGAGGACCGGGCUGGAAGCCAGCGUUGCAGGCACCUGACGGUCCCAAAAAACAGCAUCCUCCUCCUCACAUGGAGGUCCACAGUGCCCCAAUGCACCAUCACCGCCACCGCGGUGAUGGACCGCCCGGAGUGUGGCGGCAGCCUCUGUGGCACCACCAGCACCAGCAGGGUCCUACGCAAGGGAAAGGUGGAUAUGAGACGAUAGCAAAUCCCCACGGAAGCCAGCAGCAGCAUCGUGAAAGAGAGCAGGAGAGCUCAACGCGCAGUCGAGCAGUUGGGUCUGCGCCGCACCAACACUACCGCUCUCAUAACGAUCCCUCCAUGUAUAGGACUGAGACACUCGCAUACGAUCAGUAUAGUGACAACCGCGGGGGCCCAAAAAGGGGCGCGGCGUCACGGUAG